GCAAGCAGUGAUUAAUGGGUCGCCUGAAUAUGUACAACGUUUGUGGAUUUUCCAAAUGAUCGAUUUCUGUUUCUUCUCAAGACAAGACUUUUUAACGAAACCUAUGGUUGGGUGUGAUUUGUAAAUUAACUGACUGAGGGCGAGAUAAACCCAUUUAGCGCGACAACCAUGUUACAAACAGUAAUUUAGCUUCGACGACACGACGGCAUCAAAUCCAUUAACGCGGAGGUUAGUGACAACUGGUGACGGGAUUUGAGAAAAAUCCAAAUUCACACCAAGUGACACGUUCGGCACGUUCGAAAAUCUCGUGCUCAAAUCUUCUUGGAGGACACCUUAAAAAGGCUGGCAUACCGUGUGGAACUCGCUGUUCGGUAGAGAGAGUGCUUCAUUCAUCCACCAUGUCCGGUGCGGAUAAUCCGGCAUUCGUCGGAACGGACGACCCCGGUCUGGCGGCAGAUGCCAACCGGAAAUCAACGGACCUCCACCAGAAUGGAUCGCUAGCCCUCGCGACGAUGGCCACGGCCGAAGUGGCAGCCGGGCCGGAAAAACCACCCGUCGAGCGGGCAAAGUGGGACAAAGGCGUCGAGUUCCUGAUGUCCUGCAUCGCUCUCUCGGUCGGGCUGGGCAACGUGUGGAAGUUCCCGUCGACGGCGUUCCGAAACGGUGGCGGUGCGUUCGUCAUUCCGUACCUGAUCGUGCUGCUCAUCGUCGGACGGCCGAUCUACUACCUCGAGAUGGUGAUGGGCCAGUUUUCCAGCCGCGGUAGCGUCAAGGUGUACGAUGUGUCGCCGAUCAUGCGAGGUAUCGGUAUCGCUCAGAUGGUAUCGAUCUGCGUGGUGAUCGUGUACUAUGCCGCGACGAUCGCAACGGCGAUUCGAUUUUUCGUCGCCUCCUUCGAGAGUCCGCUGCCGUGGGCUUCCUGCGACGUCACCUGGACCGGGCUGAACUGCGUCAACUCGUCCAACACCGGCCCGACGCCUGCAUUCGACAAUGCACUACCGGUGAAAACCUCCGCGGAGCUCUACUACACACACUCGGUUACUGGCGAGGGACUGCUGACGGAGGGCGAGUUCGGUGUGCCGGACUGGAAGCUGACCUUGUGUCUGCUGUUCAUCUGGGUCGCGAUGACCAUCAUGAUGAUCAAGGGUAUUCGUGGUUCCGGAAAGGUGGCGUACUUUCUUGCCCUCUUCCCGUACCUGGUGCUGAUCUCGUUCGCGGUGUACGCAUUCACGCUGGAUGGAGCGGGCGAGGGUUUGAAGUACUUCAUCACACCGGACUGGGACAAGCUGCUGAGUGCGGACGUGUGGAAGGAGGCCGUCUCGCAGUGCUUCUUCUCGCUGUCGAUCUGUUUCGGCGGUGUGAUCGCGUUCUCGUCGUACAACAACUUCAGCAACAACAUCUACCGGGAUGCGAUGAUCAUCUCCUGGCUGGACACGUUCACGUCGCUGCUGUCCGGUUCGCUGGUGUUCGCCAUCAUCGGACAUCUUGGCCACCUGACGAACGAAACCGACUACACGAAGGUGGUGUAUCCGGGCAGUGGGCUCACUUUCAUCACCUACCCGGACGCGUUGGCCAAGUUUGAGCACGUACCGAAUCUGUUCGCGUUGCUUUUCUUCUUCAUGCUACUAACGCUCGGUGUCGGUAGCUGCACUGGGCUCAUAAACAGCGUGCUGACCGCCCUGCAGGAUAGCGCCCCCCGGCUCAAGUCGUGGAAGACGGUUUGUGUGAUCGGAGUACUAGGGUUCGGCUUAGGUCUACUCUUCGUCACACCGUCCGGCUCGAAGAUGCUGGACUACUUCGACUACUAUGGUGUGCAGUUCGUGACGCUCACCUCGGCCAUCUUCGAGCUGUUUGCAUUCUGCUGGCUGUACGGCAUACGGAAGCUGACACGCGACAUCCAGUUUAUGCUGAACCGUCGAACCGGUUUCCUGUGGCGCCUAUGCUGGCGCUUCGUCACGCCGAUCCUACUGAUCGUGGUCCUCGUAAUUGGACUCGUCAAGAGUCAACGUCCAGCUGGAAUCGACGAUGUCUAUCACGUUCUCGGGUGGUGCAUUUACGCCGGUGCGUUGGUACCGAUCCCGCUGUGGGCCUGGUUUGCCGUACGCAAGCGCACGGAAACGACCCUCACGAAGCGGAUCAUCGCCGCCUCGAAACCCCUCUCCGACUGGGGCCCGGAGGAGCUGGACGUGCGCAAGCGGUACCUCGAGUUCUGCAACAACUACACGCCGCUCGAGUCACGCUGGACGCGAUUGCGACGAGUUCUCCAUCGGAACGAUAAGACCUACCGGGUGUCGGUGUAGCAGGACCGACCGUAGUUGUAGAUACCUCGCGUCCGGGCGCGCUCUCUGUCCAAAUCAUUCGAGACCCCGGGGAAAACGGAAUCCCGCAGAGCCAUGUGUGACAGCAGUAUUAGCAAGCAGACAACUAGUGAGAGCGAAACUGUGUUUUUCUUUUCCUUCUCCAAAAAGCCGGAGCGACCUCUAGAGUCGAGUUUUCCAUACAACAACCCACCGUGUGUGUGUGUGUAUCUGAGACUUUGCGCUCCACGAUGCACUCGAACUGCUAGCAACCUUGCCCUCGUGCAGCCGACCUUCAGUGACGUCAGAUACCCCGGCACCUCUCACCGUUCCACUCGUAAACCGUGACGUCCAAACGAUGCAGUCUAUUGUUCAACCACUCGGGUUCCCGCAGACGAUCGUGCAAUUAGCAUCGGUGCAUCGGAAUGCUUACAAGGUGCAUCUGAUACCCGCAAUUAAGACGCUGCCGGCGCAACCGUAUGCUCAGAAAUAAGUGAAAGAAAGCACAUACACAGCCGGACAACCGGACGACCGUCUCUCCGCGCGAGAAUGGAAAGGAAAAGUGAAAACGAAAAGUGCUUUGCGAUUUAGAAAUGACACAGUGAGAUGAAACCGCCCGACAAUAUCGUGAUAGAUUUUUAUGUUUGUUACUUUAAUGACUUUUAACUUGUGCCACUGGACGAAGUAGACACAACACGGCUACUAAUUAGGAUGUAAGUGAUUGUGACAAAUUAGAGAGGAAAUAAAUGAAUAAAUAAAUGAAAAUAC